CUGAGAGAAGAAUACUAAAAAGAGAAUAUCAGCUAGGCCGCAGAAAUCCAAUGUAUCUCCCAGUACAGCUCGAGAAAUCAAAAAUGGACAAGAGAUACAAGCCUUGGAUAGUACUGAAAGAUCAAGAUUCAACAGCUCUGGUAAUCGGUCGUGUUUUAGAAGCUAACGGUGAAGAUACAUACUUCAAACACUAG